AUGGCUGGCCCUAGCAAGUCCCUGAUCCUUGACCCGGCCCUCCAGAGAUACUACGAACUCAAUGCCAACCGAUACAAGUUCUUCCGCUGGACCCCUCGCCAUGCUUGGAUGUCCUUCAUCUACAUGGGUCUGAUCCCCGGUGUCCUUACCUACGUCGCCUACAACACUGAGGGCAAGUACGAACUUCGUGGAAAGCGUAAGGGAGAUACUAUCUCUGAGUGGUAA